AUGGCGUGGACGUACCUUGCCCGACGAAAACUCGCGCUUGCACUGUUGGUGCACCGCCUGCGCCGCAAGCGUAGGCGGUCAAUGUACAUACGGCACAUCUUUGACAAGCGCACGGUCUACGGGGAAUACCACCGCCUCGUCCAGGAGCUGCGAGAGAGGGACCCCGAAUACCACUUCAAGUAUUUCAGGAUGACCAAGGCAUCAUUUGAUCGACUGUUGAGCUUUGUGUAUCACCUAAUCCUCCACGCACCAACCUACAGGAGGCCAAUCUCCCCUGGAGAAAGGCUCGCAGUUAGGUUGAGAUUCCUGGCUACCGGAGGAUCAAUGCAGGACUUGGCCAUGAGCUACAGAAUGCACGCCUCGACAGUCUCAGGGAUUCUGAGAGAAACCUUGCCGGCCAUCUGGGACUGUCUGUCUCCUGUGGUACUGGAAGAGCCUACCACAUCGAAGUGGGAAAGAAUACGGCAGGAGUUUUGUGCGAAGUGGAAUUUCCCGAAUGCCAUCGGUAGCAUUGACGGGAAGCACUUUUCUAUUAAGUGCCCAGACAACAGGAAAGUGCCAUCAGACGUCACUUUGAAGCCAACACUCUCGGGCUGCCCUCGAGUGUGUCUAGGUGGCCCGUCUGUUUACUCGGCGACGCUGCUUUUCCAUUGA